AAGGAGGAAGUGUUGGCGUCGGAGAGGGGGAUCUCUUUCCCCCUUUUGGAGAUGGUGGUGCUAUUCUUCUUUGCCUUAAACUGGAUGGUGGAGGGAGCCCUUUCUCAGCUUCACUACACGGUGCAGGAAGAACAGGAACAUGGCACUUUCGUGGGAAAUAUUGCCGAAGAUCUGGGCUUGGACAUUACAAAACUUUCCGCUCGCCGCUUCCAGACGGUGCCUAAUUCGCGAAGCCCUUAUCUGGAUCUCAAUCUGGAAACCGGGGUGCUGUAUGUGAGUGAAAAGAUCGACCGGGAGCAAAUCUGCAAGCAAAGCCCGUCCUGCCAGUUGCACCUAGAGGUUUUCUUGGAAAAUCCGCUGGAGCUGUUCCGUGUCGAAAUCGAAGUGCUGGACAUCAACGACAACCCGCCUGCUUUCCCGGAGCCCGACCUGACCGUCGAGAUCUCGGAAAGCGCUACGCCGGGCACCCGUUUCCCCUUAGAAAGCGCCUUUGAUCCAGACGUGGGGACUAACUCGCUGCGCACCUACGAGAUCACCCCCAACAGCUACUUCUCCCUGGACGUCCAGACGCAACCCGAUGGCAAUCGCUUCGCCGAACUAGUAUUGUCCAAGCCCUUGGACCGAGAGCAGCAGGCGGUGCACCGCUAUGUGCUCACGGCCGUGGAUGGUGGGCAGCCCCAGCAACGGACCGGCACGGCCCUGCUCACUAUUCGGGUACUGGAUUCCAACGAUAAUGUGCCCGCCUUUGAACAGCCCGUUUAUACCGUCUCCCUGCCGGAGAACUCGCCUCCCGGCACCCUGGUGCUACAGCUCAAUGCCAGCGACCCGGACGAAGGCCAGAACGGCGAGAUCAUCUAUUCGUUCAGCAGUCACAUCUCUGCCCGGGCGCGGGAACUCUUCGGCAUCUCCCCAAGGACCGGCCGCUUGGAAGUCAACGGCGAACUGGACUACGAGGAGAGUAGCGUGUACCAGGUGUACGUCCAAGCCAAGGAUCUGGGGCCCAAUGCCGUGCCCGCUCACUGUAAGGUGUUGGUGCGGGUGCUGGACGCCAACGACAAUGCUCCCGAGAUCAGUUUCUCCACCGUCAAAGAAGCGGUGAGCGAGGCGGCGGCUCCAGGCACGGUCGUGGCUCUCUUCAGCGUCUCGGAUCGAGACUCCGAGGAGAACGGGCAAGUGCAAUGCGAGCUGCUGCAAGGCGACGCGCCUUUCCGCCUGAAAAGCUCCUUCAAGAACUACUACACCAUUGUAACCGAGGGGCCCCUGGACCGAGAGCAGCCCGGCGGCGACGCCUACACUUUAACCGUGGUGGCGCGGGACAUGGGCGAACCGGCGCUGACCACCAGUAAGUCCAUCCAGGUGCGAGUCAGCGAUGUGAACGACAACGCGCCCCGUUUCUCGCAACCCGUUUACCAGGUGUACGUGAGCGAAAACAACGUGCCCGGAGCCUACAUUUAUGCCGUCAGCGCCGCGGACCGAGACCAGGGUGCCAACGCGCAGUUAGCCUACUCCAUCUUGGAGAGCCAGAUUCAGGGCAUGUCGGUCUUCACCUACGUCUCCAUCAACUCCGAGAACGGGUUCCUCUAUGCGCUGCGCUCUUUCGAUUACGAGCAGCUCAAGGAGUUCAGCUUCCAAGUGGAAGCCCGCGACGCAGCCGGAGGGAACGGCGAGGGGGAACCCAACGGCGAGGAAGCGCUAGCCGGCAACGCCACCGUCAACAUUGUGGUCGUGGACCAGAACGACAACGCGCCGGCCAUCGUCAGCCCGCUGCCGGGCCGCAACGGCACGCCGGCGCGUGAGGUGCUGCCCCGAGGCGCCGAACCGGGCUACUUGGUCUCCCGCGUGGCGGCGGUGGAUGCGGACGAUGGAGAAAACGCGCGGCUCACCUACAGCAUUGCCCGGGGCAACGAGGCUAGCCUCUUCCGCAUGGACUGGCGCACCGGCGAGUUGCGCACGGCGCGCAAAGUGCCCGCCAAGCGAGACCCGCAGCGGCCCUACGAGCUGGUCAUCGAGGUCCGCGACCACGGGCAGCCCCCGCUUUCUUCCACCGCCGCCCUUCACGUGGUCUUGGUGGACAGCGCAGUGGAGCGCCAGGGGGCGGGCGCGGGCGGGGGCGCGGGAGGAGCGGGCACUGGGGGCCUAGUCCCUGGGGGCGCAGGAGGCCCGGGCGGAGAACAUCGGCCCAGCCGCUCGGGCGGGGCCAGCAGCGCCGACACCUCCCUGGACCUGACUCUGAUCCUCAUUAUCGCCUUGGGCUCGGUCUCUUUCAUCUUCCUGCUAGCCAUGAUCGUGCUGGCCGUCCGCUGCCAGAAGGAGAAGAAGCUCAAUAUCUACACGUGCUUGGCCAGCGACUGUUGCCUGAGUUGUUGUUGCUGUUGUUCUUGCUGCAGCCGCCAGGCGCGAGCCCGUAAGAAGAAGCUCAGCAAAUCGGAUAUCAUGCUGGUCCAGAGCUCUAACGUACCCAGCAACCCGGUCCAGGUGCCCGUAGAGGAGUCGGCAAGCU